GUGUUCUAACUCAAUACCGGACCAGUAUAGUUCAUUUUCUCCCUAGUGUCAAUUUGGACACAACAGUUGGGGAAAUAGAGCUAAGGUUAAAAAAAAAAAUACUGAAGUUUUCCUUGAAGGUUCUGGAUAAUGGUUGAUUUUCUGGUGCUUUCACAUAUGUAUCAUUUAGUCCGGUGUUUCUCAAUCUAUGGGCUGUGGACCGGUACCGGUCUGUGAGAAGAUUACCGUCGGUCCGCAAGCCUGCCUCUGCACUAGUAGUCAGUAUUAUAAUUUCAAACUACUGGUCACUGUCAAUCAGAUUAUGUAGAAGAGCGAUUGGCUGGCUCUGCUCUCAGUGCUUUUGUCACUGUGUGCCACGUAGCGUAAGUCCCGCCCCCACAUUCUAGAAUGUUAAGCGUUCCUGCCCACGUGAGGUUGCACACUUGCACUUAUUCAUUCAUUCUGUCCCAAGUCCAGUCAUUCGCACACACACGCUUUAUGAGAGCAAUAUCAUGGCAUGUUCAAAGCAAGCUACUCUUGACUCUUUCUUUGGAAAGCGCCCAUCUGACAGUGCAGAUACACAUGAGCCAGAGGCAAAAACCUAUCGCCCAUUCACUCGCAAUUAUGACCCUUCAUACGUACAAUUCGGCUUUAUUUCAAGUGAUAGUUGUCCCCCGAAACCAAUCUGUUAUCUGCCAAACCAUGCUAAGCAACGAAGCUAUGAAGCCAUCCAAAUUACGCCGGCAUUUGGAAACUAAACAUUCACAUGUCAAGGAUAAAUCAGAGGAUUUUUUCAGAAGAAAAUGUGAUGAAUUGGCCACCCAAACUAAAGUGUUGAAAAGUAAUUUGACUGAGAAUGAAAAGCUAACAAACGCGUCAUACGGUACAUGAUUUCACACCACAUUUCCAAAUGUCAGACACCCUGCACAAUUUGGGAGAAGCUAAUUAUGCCUUCAGUUGUUACUGCUUGUAGUGAGGUGUUGCGUCCGGCUGCUGCAGCCAAAGUAAAAGAGAUUCCUCUGCCAAAUUACAUGGUCUGUCGUCGAAUUGACGAUAUGGCGGCAGACAUCGAAAUGCAAAUUUUAGAAAGGACGAAGUCAUCUGACUGGUUUGCCAUUCAAUUGGAUGAGACCAUGGAUCUCUCAAACUUGGCUGUGCUUCUGGUCUACAUCAGAUAUGCUCAUGAGGGCCGGUUUCAUGAGGAUUUUUUGUUUUGUAAGGUGCUUGCAGGGACCACAACCGCUGGAGAAAUAUUCCGUAUGCUUGAUGGGUACAUCUCUGGGCAUGGGUUGAUAUGGGGGCAUUGCGUCGGUGUCUGCACAGAUGGGGCAGCGGCUAUGACCGGCAGGCACAACGGAGUUGUUGCUCGGGUAAAAGCCGUUUCACCAUCAGUGCAGGCAACGCACUGUGUUAUUCAUCGAGAGGUACUUGCAUCUAAACGCCUGUCCACAGAGCUUCAUGAAGUUUUAAAUCAAGUGGUCAAAAUAGUGAACUUAAUUAAGGCCAAUCCGACAAAUUCCCGUCUUUUUACAGCUCUGUGUGAUGAGAUGGGUGCAGAUCAUGUUCAUCUGCUCUUGCACUUUGAGGUUCGUUGGCUGUCACAGGGUAAAGUGGUGAACAGAGUGUACGAGUUGAGGCAUGAGGUUGAGGCAUUCUUGACAAAUAAACAGUCCAAUCUUGCUGAUUACCUGCGAGAUCAGUCUUGGCUUAUAAAGGUAGCUUAUCUUUCUGACAUCCUGGACCAUUUCAGUAUGCUAAACCUGUCGAUCCAAGGCCAAGCGUGUGACAUUUUUCAAGCCAAUGAUAAAAUCAUGGCUUUCAAAAAGAAGCUCUCAGUCUGGACCAACAGAGUUAAUAGAGGUGUGUUUGACAUGUUCGGCUGUCUGUCGUCUCUGGCCGAUGAAGGUGUGGAUUUGGGGCAGGUGCCGGCAGUGAUCGUGCAACACCUUACCGAAACACUGCGUCAUUUUGAUUCAUACUUCCCCUCAAAAUCCCAUCUCACACAAAAGCAAUGGGUAAGAGUUCCGUUCACCAACCCAGAAACGAGCGCUCUGCCACCUGUGGUGCAGGAUAAACUUCUGGAGCUUUCGUGCGAUGCUGGUCUGCAGUUGAGAUUUGGUCGACUUUCUCUGUCUGAAUUCUGGCUGUCAUGCUGCGAUGAAUAUCCCCAGCUGAGUGAGAUGGCAGUAAAAACACUGAUGCCUUUCCAUUCAACAUACCUCUGCGAGACCGCAUUUUCACAUUUGACAGCCACAAAGACAAAACACCGAAACAGGCUCAACUCAGAAAACACGCUCCGAGUGGCCUUGUCACCCUGUCUUCCUCGUUUCGACCUGUUAGUGGCAAGAAAGCAGGCACAUCCUUCGCAUUAGAAUGCUGACUUUUCUUUUACCAAAUCUCUGUGGGUGACUGGGCCUGUCAUUUGAGGUUAAAAGUCAGCACGUAGCCUAUGUUCAGUUCUCCCUUCAUACUGGGACUGUGUAAUCAGUCAGUAUUAGGGCUAGAGUGGGUCUUUAGGUUUCUCGGUUUGAGGUCCCAUGUUUCUGGUAGACCUUUUAAUAAGUGUGUGUAUCACUGUAACGUUUCUGUGUUGGUGGGUGGAGCACAGAGGACGGCAGGACAGAGAUACGGUUUGACAGACUGUUUUAUUUUCACUUUUCAGUGCAAAUAUUUUCUACUCUCAGCCACACACGCACACACAUUCCAGUCAUCUGGUUGUGGAGAGAGCUCCUUCCGCUCUCGCUCUCCCUCCUGAUAUAGGGCGCGGUCACUGGGAAGACACACAAACACAGGUUAAUUGCUCUCAGGUGUAGUGAUUCUGCCACUUACCUUCCCUGACUCCGCCCUCCUGUCACAGACCGGCGCUUGACCACACCCCUGCUGCCACAGGCACUGUUUGGCAGUGCUUCAAGU